AUGCUUAAGAAAAAGAGAGGGAAGGAGGGAAAUGCGGCCAAGUACACGACGCGCAAUCAGGCGCUCGUGCGCCUGCAGCUCAAACUAGCCGACUUCAGGCGGCUGUGCAUCCUGAAGGGCAUUCACCCGCGCGAGCCGAAGAAGAAGACUAAGGGCGCGCACAAGACGUACUACCAUGUCAAGGACAUCAACUUCCUCGCGCACGAGCCGCUGCUCGAGCUCCAAAGGGAGAUGCGCGCGCAGAGGAAGAAGAUCCGCAAGGCCAAGGGGCGCCUGGAGACGGACAAGGUGGAGCGACUGGAACGCAGCAUGCCGCGCGUGUCACUGGACCACCUUGUGAAGGAGAGGUACCCAUCGUUCAUCGACGCUAUCAGGGACCUUGACGACGCGCUCACCAUGCUGCACCUCUUCGCCACUCUGCCCGCCGAUGCCACCUUCCGCAUCCCUGCCACCCGCGUCAACAAUGCGCGCAGACUGUCUCUGGAGUGGCAGGCAUACAUCACGCGCACUCACGCCCUGCGCAAGGUGUUCGUAUCGGUCAAGGGCAUCUACUACCAGGCGCAGGUCGUGGGGCAGCCAGUGACGUGGCUGGUGCCACAUCAGCUCAUGCAGGUCAUGCCCACUGACGUGGACUUCCGCGUCAUGCUCACCUUCCUCGAAUUCUACGAGACCCUAAUGGGUUUUGUCAACUUCAAGCUUUACCACGAGCUGCGCCUCGCCUACCCUCCUCGCCUCGACCCGCGUCUCGAGAAGGCAGCAGCAGACCUGUAUGCGGUGAUGCGCAAGCUGGCAGAGGCGGCAGCAGCAGCGAGGCAGAAGCGAGAGAGGAAGGCCUUCAAGGAAGCUGCCGCUGCUUCUGCCGCUCUUCUUGGCGCUGCUCCUACUGCUGACGCUGAUGCUGCUGCUGCUGCUGCUGCUGCGGCUGGUGCUGGUGAUGAUGCUGCGUUGCAAGAGAGGGCUGAGAAGAGCGCAGAUGGGGGAGGAGAGGAGGGGAAGGCAGAGGGAGAGGCAGACGGUGCUGCUGCUGCAUCGACAGCAGCAGAACCAGCAGCGGGAGAAGGAGAGGGCGCAGCGGCAGCAGAACCCGCAGUGGAUGCAGAGAUGGAAGCAUCAGAGAAGCUUCCCUUGCUGCGCAAGCAAGCAACAGCAUCGCGAAUGGCAUCCCUACAGAGCCGCCUAGCAGCCAUGGCUGCCGCAGCAGAGGCCAACCCCGACGAGGAGGAGAAGGCAGAGGGUGGUUCGGGGAGAAAAGGCGCGGGUGGAGCAGAGGCAGAGGAGGAGGAGGAGGGGGACGAGGAUGAUGAGGAGACGAGGGCGUGUGGGCGGUUGUUCAGAGGGCUUGUGCUCUUCCUUGGCCGAGAGGUGCCCAGGGAGCCGCUGCUGUUUGUGAUUCGGGCGUUUGGGGGCAAGGCCAGCUGGGAGGGCGAGGGUGCACCGGCUCCUGAGACUGAUGAAGCCAUCACUCACCAGGUGGUGGACCGGCCGCAGCAGAAGCACCGCAAUCUCUCACGGGACUACGUGCAGCCGCAGUGGGUGUUUGACUGCGCCAAUGCGCGCAUCCUGCUGCCCUCCGCGCCCUACGCCCCUGGCCUUGUACCGCCACCCCAUCUCUCCCCCUUCGUGAACCACGAGGAGGAGGGCUACCUGCCCGACUAUGCCGCGGCGAUCCAACGGCUGAAAGAGGCCGCAGCGGCGCGAGAUGCUGCACAGCACAAAGGGGCGGCAGGGGGCAUGCUGGGCAUGGGGGCAGGGGGGUCGCUGAUGGAGCUGGAGGGGGCGCAUGAAGUGAGGAUGAGUGGCGAGGGGAGUGUGGCGGUGGGUGGAGGGGAGGACGAGGUGAAGGCAGAGGAGGCUGCACUGGCUGCCAAGAUUGCAGAGGUUGCGGCUGAAGAGAAGGCCUACGCUGCUGAUCUGGCCAAGGAGCUUUCAGGGGUUCCGUUCUCCUCCUCGCUGGUCCAAGGCAAGGGUAUCAAGGACAGGGAGGAGGACGAUGAGGGGGAUAACACUGCGGAAGGAGAGGAAGAGGAAGAGGGCGAAGGAGGUGAGGCAGACGAGGAAGAAGAUGAGGACGAGGAAGGGGAGGGUGAGGAGGAGGAGGAGAGGCAAGGAGGAGCAGCAGCAGUGCCAGCAGCUGGGGAGGAGAAUGAGGAGGACGGGGGCAAGGCGGCUGCGCGCAUGCUGAUGAGUCACAAGAGGCGGGGGCUGUAUGAUGCCAUGCAGAUGGGCCGAGCCAAGAAGGCUGCCGGUGUUGCUCUCCUGCACGAGCGCCGCCUUAAAGCCGCUGCUGCUGCCGCUGGUGGUGCUGCUGCUGCAAAGGGUGCUGGUGGUGCUGGUGGUGGUGCAAAGGGUGCUGGUGGUGGUGCAAAGGGUGCUGGUGGUGCUGGUGCUGCUGCAAAGGGUGCUGGUGGUGGUGGAAAGGGUGCUGGUGGUGGUGCAGAGGGUGCUGGUGAGGGUGGUAAGAAGGGUGGGCAACAGGGGAAGAAAGCGAAGCAGGAGAAGAAGGGGUGGCGAUAA